ACCAAGUCGUAAACAAGGGCUCCAGUUCCCUGCAACCUGGGCCCGCAGGCACCAGGCUAUCCCAGACAGGCCCUGUGCUCUGAGUGUUGCAUUGUCUGCACCAUAUCAAGAAUACAUCCAUGCACUGACUGAGACAUAACUGUUGGUCUGGAACAGGGCUCUGAUUUCUGACACUAAUGGCUUUCAGCAAGAUGGAGGAUUUUAAAUUUGAUGGGAUAGAGCGCCUGAGUGUCGACUACGUGAGGGGAAUUCUUCAACCCACACCUACUUGCGACAACUGGGAUCAGAUCUGGAACUUUCAAGCCAAACCUGAUGACCUGCUUAUUUCUACCUAUCCUAAAGCAGGAACAACAUGGACUCAGGAGAUAGUGGACUUAAUACAAAAUGAAGGUGAUGUUGAGAAAAGUAAACGAGCACCUACCCACGAAAGAUUUCCUUUCAUUGAAUGGAUAAUCCCAUCCAUAGGAUCUGGGUUGGAACAAGCUAACGCCAUGCCCCCACCACGGACCCUGAAGACGCAUCUUCCCAUCCACCUGCUGCCGCCGUCCUUCCUAGAGAAGAAUUGUAAGAUGAUCUACGUAGCAAGAAAUCCCAAGGACAAUAUGGUGUCCUAUUACCAUUUCCAAAGAAUGAAUAAAGCACUUCCUGCUCCAGGACCAUGGGAAGAGUAUUUUGAGACUUUUCUUGCUGGAAAAGUGUGCUGGGGCUCUUGGCACGACCAUGUGAAAGGAUGGUGGGAAGCCAAAGACCAACACCGCAUUCUCUACCUCUUCUACGAGGACAUGAAGAAGAACCCAAAACAUGAAAUUCAGAAGCUGGCAGACUUUAUUGGGAAGAAGCUAGACGACAGAGUUCUAGAUAAAAUCACCCAUCACACUUCUUUCGACGUCAUGAAGCAGAAUCCAAUGGCAAACUACUCAUCGAUUCCUACCGAAAUGAUGAAUCAUUCCAUUUCUCCAUUCAUAAGAAAAGGGAUAGUGGGAGACUGGAAGAAUCACUUCACCGUGGCUCAGAAUGAGAGGUUUGAUGAAGACUACAAGAAGCAGAUGGCCGACACCAGUCUAACGUUCCACUUCCAGCUGUAGUAGGAAAGAGAAAGAACUACGUGUUCUUCAGGGUAUUUAUUACCCAGCACACUGGGGAAGAAUCAGUAAAAGUUUGGUACUCACACCAAAGGAUAACUGAUUCCGGUUC